AUGUUGUUUGAUGGGGCAGUCAAUGUGUGGGGACACAGAAUAGGGGUCGUACUUAUGUCGCCGAAAGGGAAACAUUAUCUGGUCAUAGCUAAGCUUACUUUUACAUGCACCAAUAACAUAACAGAGUACGAAGCAUGUAUAUUGGGUUUGAAGGCUGCCAUAGACCAGGGGAUCAAGGAAUUAGCUGUGAAGGGAGACUCAACUCUAGUUAUUCACCAAUUGACCAGAGAAUGGGAAACCCAGGAUUCCAAACUAGUGCCAUAUCAAGAGUACAUUCAGGAGAUGAUUAAAGAAUUUGACAAUAUCAGUUUCUCCCACCUGCCAAGGGAAAACAACUUGAUUCCUAAUGCAUUAGCCACUCUAGCGGCUUUGUUUAAAGUGGAACCAAGAAUGGAGAUUGAGCUGAUGUGGAUCAGAGUACAGUCAGAACCCGCUCACUUUGUAGUGAUAGAGGAGGUUGACAGGGAACCAUGGUUCCAUGAUAUUAGGACAUACAUUCAGAAAAAUGAGUAUCUCAAGGGAGCGACCAAUAAUGAUCAAAAGACAAUUAGGUGGCUAUCCAUGGGAUUUAUCUUGGAUGGAGAAGUGUUGUACAAGAGGAAUCACGAUAUGACUCUCCUACAAUGUGUAAAGGUGCAAAAGGCAUGA